CUGCGAUGUUGCGUCACACUUGUUGACGCCAUUUUAGUUCGCUCAGGGACAGCGUGUGGGCAAGACGUGUACUUUAAAAAUGAUAGAAUACGACGUUGAUUUUUUAAUAUCACUGAUUGAGGAGCGCCCUGUUCUUUGGGACACUAGUAAUGAAGAUUAUAAAAACAAAUUCAUCAAACAAGAUGCUUGGAAGGACGUGUGUAAAAGUUUAUUUACAAAUUUCGAGGAAAAAGAAAACAAUGAAAAAACUAAACUUGGUAAUACAGUAAUACAAAGAUGGAGGGGGAUUAAGGAUACCUUUUAUAAAUAUGAAAAGAAACUCAAAGAUGCAAGUAGGUCAGGGUCUGGAUCCAAAAAUAUAAAAGAAUACCAUUUGUACAAACAAUUACAAUUUCUUAAGAAAAAUUUGCAAAAUGAGACCACUACUAGUAUAAAUGAGUCAGAAAAUGAGCAAGAUAAUCAAGAAGGUACAUCUAAAACACGUUACCAAAGGCAGCCACCAAAAAGAAAGAUGGUUAAUAAUAAAUUUGAAGAUGAUAUUGUAAAGAUUUUAAAGGAACCUGAGAAUAGACACAUAUCUUUUUUUAAAGGUAUUCUACCAUCACUUGAAAGAUUAGAUGACAAUAAAACACUAAUAUUUCAGAGCAGAGUUCUUCAAAUUUUAACAGAAUUGCAUCAACCUCAUGGCCACCAUUCACAAGAUAUACCACCAACAUCGUCAUCAUCACAGGCCCUUCCUCCAGAGUCAUCUGCUAGUACAUCUACGGCAUCAACUGCAAGAAUUUCAUCACUCAAAAACAAACGAUCAUUAGAGAAUGACGAUGACGAAAGAGAGUCACAAUUUUUAAAUGCAAAAAAGAAAAAAGAACUUGAUAAUUUAUUUCUCAGCUACGCUGAUACCUUUAAAAAAUUUCCAGCUCGAGAACAAGCAAUUGUCAAAUUGGAAUUAGCCAAAUUGUUUGCGAAUACAGAAUUACAAUUGCUCAACAAUGGCGUCACAUUUACAUCAGAAUGAUCGGCCACUGAUUGACAAUAACGAUUUGGUAUAUAAAGAAACCUGGCAGAAGUAAAACGAAUUUGGUUUGUACAUCAUAUGUAAAUGUCAUGUUUUAAUUAUUACAAAUGAAUCGGAGAAACUAACGAAUUAGCAAUUCUAGCUCCUGCGAAACGGACAAAAAUAAGCGAAACAACUCUAUUCAUAAAUAUCAAAUUUAUACAAAUAUAUUGUACAAUUUGUAUAAAUUACAAGGACAUAAUAUUAACUAAGUGACAACCCUUUAUAAUGUAUAAAUUAUGAGAUAUUUUUUUUACUUCAA